UUUCUGGCAGGUUUCUGGACCUUCCUGUACUUUGUAAGUUUCUGUUUCCUGGCCAAUCAGUGGUCUCAGACCACGGCUGAUGAGCUGCCACUCAACCAGGGAGCAGAUGCAGCCCGGGCAGCGAUCGCCUUCUCCUUCUUCUCCAUAAUCACCUGGGCUGGUCUAACAGUGCGUGCGGUCCAGAAGUAUCUGCUUGGUACAGACAUGACCCUAUUCACCACGGAGCACAUGGAUGGCGGCGCACCCACCCAGCCAUACCCCUCCAAUUCGCCAGGAGGCGGCAACACUGAGACCACAGAGACCUACCAGAGCCCCCCAUUCACUGAGAACAACGCAGCACCCACAUACCAGGUCCCCAUUUACUAGAAAAGAUAGACCUGAUGGUGGAAGAAGAA